AGUUGUCUCUCCUUUUUUUUUUUAUUUUUUUUUAUUGUUGUUAUUGUACUCCGUCAUCAAAAAAUUUUGACAAUUGACACGUCGCUUUUCGAAUCAUGGACGGACACUUGAUGGAACCAACUUUGUAUACAGUCAAGGGCAUUGCCAUACUUGACAAUGAUGGCCACAGAUUAUUAGCCAAGUAUUAUGAUAAAAAUAUAUUUUCAACAACCAAGGAACAAAAAGCAUUUGAAAAAAAUAUAUUUAACAAAACACAUAGAUCAAAUUCUGAAAUAAUUAUGAUGGAUGGAAUGACAUGUGUCUAUCAAAGUAGUGUUGAUUUAUAUUUUUAUGUGAUGGGUGAUUCACAUGAAAAUGAGUUAAUUCUCAUGAGUGUAUUGCACUGUUUGUUUGAAUCAAUAAGUGUAAUAUUAAGAAGAAAUGUUGAAAAACGAGCUGUUUUAGAUAAUCUUGAUGUUGUUAUGCUUGCUAUGGAUGAAAUAUGUGAUGGAGGUAUUAUUUUGGAUGCUAAUCCAAUAAAUGUCGUUCAAAGAGUUGCACUGAGAAGUGAUGAUACACCUUUGGGUGAACAAACUGUUGCUCAGGUACUUCAGUCAGCAAAAGAACAACUCAAAUGGUCUCUUCUAAAGUAACAAACAUUUGCAUUAAGCAAUUAAUUAAAACAUGCAUUUUUUAUUAUAAUUAAAUAAUGAUUUUAUUGUAUAAAUAUAUUAAAAUUCCAAUUAUAUAUUCAAAUUUUUAUUUGACUAGUUAUUCAUUCAUACAAAAAAAAAUUCAUUAAAAAAAAAAAAAAAAAAACUUCAAUAAUAUUGCAUUAUUGAUAAUAAAGCUUUGAUGACAUUUUCUAGAACCACACUCACAUACACCUAUGUAAAAAUCAUAUAAAAAUAAUAUAAAAAAAAAUGUCCGCGAUCAGCCAUUUUUAAAAGGACCAUUCAGUGGCCGAUCGACUGUCGCCGUGCGCGGUCUGAUUGUACCUCUAAAUUAAACCCUAAUAAAAAAUAGCUAAUAAAAAAAAAAUCGCAAUAUUAAAAAUAAUAUAAAUUAUAAAAUUCCAUAAUAUCAAACCCACAAAUAAUAGUGAAAAAAUAAAAACAAGUUUCGGAGUAAAUUUUUGACCCUGAACUUAGUAUCGAAUAUUUAGUAUUUUUUUUUUUUUUCUUUCAGUGUAUUGUGUGUGUGUGUUUGUGAAAAGUCACAUUGUAUUAAAAAUUAAAUGGGCGUAAUUUGGAUAACUAAAACUACAUAUUAUUAUAAAUAAUUUAUUUAAAAAUGUACACAAAUACAUGGAG